AACGGUGCUGAUACCGUCAUAAAAGUAGUGGACGUGAAGGCGAACGGUUCGGAUCGUCAUUUAUGGGUGCUUGGUAGCGAGUGCGAGACUGCCCUGUUGGAAUUUGUUCCAAUUAGACUUUUCGUGGAUCGUUACACGUUUCAUCAAAGAAAUAAAAAUAGUGUCGAUAUUAAAGGGAUCAAUUGACGUUUAAGUGGUCUGUAACAUCAUUGAAACAGUGGCAGAACAUUGCGGCAACAUGCUGUUUUUGCAGUCGUCUUUUGUGUUUUAUUGACACCGUGUCAUCUAUAUGGAAACAGACGUGCUGCGUGUGUAAGUGAGAAUGAGCCUGAUGAAGAAUUUUGUUUUGCAAGUGUAGAACCUGGAAGGUUUAAUUUGCGUAGGUUUUGUUAUUUUGUGUUCGACUGGGUUUAGUAUCAAUAGAUUUAGAUUAGAGGUAUACAAAUGUGAUUGCAGCACGCAGUGGUUGGAGUAAUGAGCAGUUAGGCAGUGGGGGAAAAUUAUAAAUUCAGGAAUUACCACUUCAGGUGGAAAAAAGAAGUAUUUUCGGGUAGUGCGUACGUGGAACGGAACGAAAGUGCUCCCAAAGAGAGAGUUAUUUUCGGGAAAUGCAGUAAAACAUAAAUGAUAAUGAUAAUCAGCAAAUCGUAAAGCCAUCGGUGUCUGCUGCACUCCACGGGAUGAUAAUUUCUAUUUAGUUUUCUCGCCAGACCAACAUUUGAAAAGUAAAUAUCGCGUACCAUUUGCACGGUAAUGGAAUAGCAGCGUUUUCGAGGUCGUCAACAGCGGAGGAAAAUUGGGUAAAGUGGAAUCAUCAAUUCGGCUUUAUGGGGAGAACCGUAAACUAAACUACGAGAGUGGUUGUUAUCAUAUGUGAUUGGCGUGAACUCUGCAGUAGUAUUCGAAUUGUCGACGUUGCGUUGAUCCUCUUCGCAGUCGGGGUGCAAUCGAAGUGCCGCUGGCUGGCUCUGGUCUGCUUUUAUUUUCACGACAAAUCGGAAACGAAACAGUCCGAAACUUCGCGUGGCAAUCAAAAAUCGGUAUUUUACACUCUAACGGCGCGCGUGCUACCCCUGGAAAGGUGAAACACUGUUGCACACGCAAACACACACACCCAUGCAUGCUUGACCGCCCCUACAGCCAGCCCAGUCGGUUUUGUGCAGUUUCGACGUAAUUUGGCGAUGAGUUGACUAGACCGCGUACCCCGCCCUAAUAAUUAUUAUUGAUUUGAUUUUCCGCGAAGGAACUAAUCGCUGUCGAAUUGGCCGGCAGUGUCGGAAUUAACCGUUGAGUAACGCUGCUGGAAAAAAAACACGCGCAUAUGUGUUAUGUGUAUAUUUCUGAUGCCAACAACGGUUUUUCGAAUUUUCCGACUACCGCGCCGCAUUAAGUAGUGCUGACUGCAUUCAUCGAGUUUUUUGGAUCUUCACUGUUAAUUCGUAGUGUAGCGUAAAAACAUUCAUGGAAACAAAAUAUUUAUUGUGUUGUCGGAUUCGCUACGGCUGCUGAAAAGAACCCACAACGGGGGACGGUAGCGAAAAUCCUUCCCUGUUCGCAUUUUUUUUUUCCUGUGCAUGUGCACUCGGCAGGGUAGCGUAGCUUGCAGUGGCAGCAGGCGUGUAUCUGUCUUAGACAGACAGUCGAGCGGUGUGAUGUGUUAAUGAAAUUCAAUUCCCAUUUAUCGCUGUUGGUCACCGGAAGCGUUCCGCUGUGCAGCUAACAGUGGCUCGCACCUGACUGUGCGGUAAAGUGAGUGCUUUGUGGCAGUGCGGAAGUAAAGAAUCUCGACGCGAAUCCGCGAUAGUGCUUUGCCGCCGAUAGCUACAACUUUAUAAUCUGUCCCGUCGAAGCUACUGUCAUCGUACUACCCUUCCGUUGUAGCUGGUUGCUUCGUCGCAAAAUGACCAACAUCAACUAUUCGAGAAUGUUCAGGGGAAAAAUACGUACCAACACUUGCCGGAUUGUGCUGCUGACAUCACUGGUGUGGCUGCUCAUCGACGUGGUACUGAUAAUGAAUUACGCCGAUUGCCUCGGUGGAUCCAGUUGGCUCUGCAAACGGCCCGGAGAAUAUGAUGUCGAGUUACCGCACGGUGCCCAGCUGCGCCAUCAUCCCGUAGGACGGGGAAGCCUUGCCGAGGAUGACGACCCGAUAGUCGACGAGGAAGAGAUCGACACCAACUCGAACAACUUGGGCGAGCAGCAAGGCCCGGACAGCUCGAUGCCCCGGACGUAUCGCCCGCAGGACCUGAAAAAAUGGCGCCCGGUUCCGCAAGUUGGCGAAAACUAUGGCAAGCCCGGGGAAUUGGGCAAACCGGUGAAAAUUCCGCCCAGCCAGCAGGAGCUGAUGAAGGAAAAGUUCAAGGAAAAUCAGUUCAACCUGUUGGCCAGCGACAUGAUCUGGUUAAAUCGGUCACUGACAGACGUGCGACAUCACGAUUGCAAAAAGAAGCACUAUCCAGCCAAACUGCCGACCACUUCGAUAGUGAUAGUGUUUCACAAUGAGGCGUGGAGUACGCUGCUGCGAACGAUUUGGAGUGUCAUCAAUCGCUCGCCCCGGCCAUUGCUCAAGGAGAUCAUUCUGGUGGAUGAUGCCAGCGAGCGGGAACACCUCGGCGAACAGCUGGAGGAUUACGUUCGGACGUUACCUGUACACACUUACGUGUUGCGAACCGGCAAACGAUCCGGGCUGAUUCGAGCGAGACUGCUGGGCGCCAAGCACGUGAAGGGUCAAGUUAUAACUUUCCUAGAUGCCCACUGCGAAUGUACCGAAGGUUGGUUGGAACCUUUGCUGGCACGCAUCGUGCUGGAUCGUAAGACUGUCGUAUGUCCCAUCAUCGAUGUCAUUUCGGACGAGACAUUCGAAUAUGUGACAGCAUCAGAUCAAACAUGGGGCGGCUUCAAUUGGAAGCUGAACUUCAGAUGGUACAGGGUACCGGCGCGGGAAAUGCAGCGAAGGAACCAUGAUCGGACAGCACCACUGCGAACGCCGACAAUGGCAGGUGGACUGUUUUCGAUUGAUCGGGACUACUUCUACGAAAUUGGUUCGUAUGAUGAGGGCAUGGACAUCUGGGGAGGUGAAAACCUAGAAAUGUCCUUCAGGGUAUGGAUGUGCGGUGGAACGCUGGAAAUCGCGCCCUGUUCACGGGUUGGUCACGUUUUCCGCAAGUCAACACCGUACUCCUUCCCGGGCGGAACAUCGCAGAUCGUUAACAAAAAUAACGCCCGCUUAGCGGAAGUGUGGCUCGACGGCUGGAGUGAAUUUUACUACAAUAUUAACCCAGGCGCACGGAAAGCCUCCGCAGGGGACGUCAGUGAACGGAGAGCGCUUCGGGAGCGGCUAAAGUGCAAGAGCUUCCGAUGGUACCUGGAGAAUAUCUACCCGGAGAGCCAGAUGCCGCUGGAUUACUACUUCCUGGGCGAGAUUCGUAACGUUGAGACACAGAACUGUCUCGACACGAUGGGACGUAAAUCGAACGAGAAAAUCGGCAGCAGCUACUGCCACGGAUUGGGCGGCAAUCAGGUAUUCGCCUACACCAAGCGUCACCAGGUGAUGUCCGAUGACAACUGCUUGGAUGCAUCGAACGCACUGGGACCGGUCAAUCUGGUGCGGUGUCACGGGAUGGGUGGCAACCAGGAGUGGGUGUACGAUGACGAGGAUAAGACUAUUAAACACGUCAACAGCGGUAACUGCCUAACGCGACCGUCUACUGACGACCCGACCACGCCGCUGCUUCGGCCGUGCAACUACACCAAGGGUCAGCAGUGGUUGAUGCAGUCCAAGUUCAAGUGGCAGGCCGGACACGACAAUCGGAUCAGCAGCGACGACAGAUAAAAGUGGCCCCGGAAGCCCGUGAACUCAUCACUCGUCUCGUACAUUUCCAUCCACAAAAGUACCGCAUUACCACCCGGCAGCAACACGAUGGCAGCGGCCAUCCGUAGCCAUCGAUGGCACAACGGCGUCAUGACUAUGGAGAAUUGAAACUGUGAUUCCUGUACUCCUUCGUAGUAAGAGCGGAAACAUUAUCAGCAAAAAACAGAUGUCAACGUGUAGUGGUAUUUUGUGUUGCUCCCCCCAAGCGCUCCUUAAGGUUUUAGUCCACAUAGAUUAAUUGUAUAAUAGGCAUUAGCGAAGUUAGACCUACUUUUAUUGCAAACUGAGAACGUCUUAGACAUUAGUUAUUUGAUAGCAACUUUAGCGCACGGGGUUUCUUUUUAUAGAGAAGAUAGUAUGAGAGUUCGGGAGUGUGCGUGGGAUGAAAUAAGAUGAUUAAUAAGAAAAGCACAAACUAAAACGAACGUGGCUAUGUUUCUAUUGAAUGAAUUUCAUCGGCAUUGCAAUACACGCCAGGUUAUAAAAGAAAGUUGUGUUAUAGACAUAUUACUGAAUCACUAUUGUUUCCAAUCGAUACGGGAAGGAAUUAUUCGCUAAGCAUUGUACAUAUACUAAGCCACAACUAGAGCACUGUUUCCCCGAGAUUCCAUUUGCGUUGACUGAGCGCGUGCAAAUAUUUAACACUGGCGAAUGGAAGUUUUACCAAUUAGCACACAGAAGCGGAUAUGUUCCUACCCAACACAUAAAAACCAGCAAAAGUGAAAGGAUAAAAAGCUCGAAUUAAAUUUCGACUGAAUUGGUUCAAUAUUGGCUGCAAUUCAUAACUAUUUGAAUCGGAUGAAUUGACAAAAAAAACUGUUACAGUGUUGUUCAAUCAGCAAUAAAGAGAAGGUUAAAAAUAUUGCUUGCAUCGUGCAGAGCACUUAAAAAUAUCAGCAUAUCAAAGACAAAGCAACAAUAUCCGGUAUGAGCGUACCAGGAUUCAAAACAUUAUAACACUUUCACUCUUGUUUCGCGUUGCUAAAUCUAUGGCCGAUCUUCGAUGAAACGAACAAAAUCUUUAGCUCAUGUUUACAACACGAUUUAAAAAAAAAACUAGAACAACUGCGAAAUAAAGCGAAAAAAAGGCAUGUGCGCGAUUGAUAGUAUGUAGUAGAAAAGGCUUGAUUGUUUUAGUCAUUGAUUGCUCCCCUUACUUUAUAUUGUUUAUGUCCAAGUUGCCAAACGAUAGCAAUCAUCAAAUCGAACGGGCGUAAAAAAUGGGCCAUAGAUUAGACAAAAUAGUCUCACAGUCUAAUGAAAAAUAAUCACUUGUUGAAAACAUGGACCAUUUGCAUUUAAGCGAAAGAGGGUAAAACUUAUAGCAAAAAAAAAAAUCAGAGUUGAAUCACAAAUCUUUGUAAAUGUUACAUACAAAAGAUUAAAUAACCGUAUGGUGUAAAUAUGCAUAGUAUAUGAUAAACAAUUCUAUCAAACAUAUUUCAAAAACAAAACUGUGUUCCAAGGCGAGAGCUAUGGAAUCACUCGAGCGGAAACUUUUUGCCCUCAUGAGAGCGGAAAUCGACAGACAGUUUUGGCUGCUGUCGGAACUUUUCCACUCAGUGUUUCCAUAUUAUUUCCAAAGUGGCAGUGCAAGAUAGAGAGAGACAGAGAGGGCGAACAAAAAUAUCAUUUACCGAUAGAGAAACAGAAAAAUCGAUAGAAAUCUACGAGUUUGCAAAUAUAGUUGAAAUUUACAACACAGAAAAUCAAUUGUGAUUGAAUGGAAUGCUCUUUAUAUAUCAGCAGAUACAGGAGGCAGAAUCAAGUGCCCAGCAAGUUUCGAGAGCAGAACGAGGGCAACGGCAGUCAAGCUAAACCGACAGCGGUUUUGAAUAUUUUAUGUUUAGAUAUUUUAAAAGUUUACUGAUAAUAGCAAUUUCAAUCUAAUUGAGCAUAGCGUUUUAGAAUAAGUCGGUUUAAUCCUAAUUCCAGGUGAUGGUGUGCAAUUUUUCUUAAUAGCUUAUCUACAUUUAUUCUACAUAAUCCUUGAAAACAAGAUCAAACAAAUCAACAACGGAAGGUUGUCUUUUAGUUAGGAAUUUAGUAGGCGCAAAUUAUCAAGGCUGUAAAUUGUUUUAGCAAACCGGCAUACUUCAUGCAGUGUUCCAUAAGUCCGCACUAACGACGAAAAGCACGAAACUCUGCAGCUCAAUCAAUUCGAACAAAAAAUACACAAGCAUAAUUUUUAUAAUUCAGUAUUACUUUACUUUCAAAAUAAGAAUCGAAAUCUUCCACGGUUCACGAUCAAUCUGUAGCAUUUUAUUUUGUCCAUCUAACAAUAACAUUCCUUCUCUACGUGUCCGAUUUUCAUCAGGUGUCCAAAUAUUACAGGAAAAUUGAACAUGAACACACAACACUAAAGUGACAGAUUUCGAGAAAAAAUUACGUGAAUAUUUUAGGAGUUUAAUCUACAUUUUACAUUGUAAAACCGAGCCACCUGAAUCGCAGGGCAAGAAUACCGAUAUUGAUGCUGCAUAUUUUAGUUUUCUAACCAACAAUCGAAAAACAGCCGCAUUAUAUUUACUGUUUUGUUUAUAUUUUUGUUAAACAAAAAUUAAAAACACACUUCCAUUUAUUUAACGAAUAAGUUUUGUGGAUAACCGAGUAAAGUUUUGACGCUAUACCUACGGCAAUGUUUGUAUGAUCGAGACCCUAGCUCUUUUGGGGUGAAGAAAGUUGAACACGUGCGUCUAAGCUAAGAGUCACAAAGGAAUGCAAAAGAUGAUGAUGCGUGAUGGAAGGUAGUUUUUUGAAUAACAAUAAAAUCAUAAAGUUUUUAUAUAAUA